AUGGAGUCAGACAUCUCACAAGCCUUCCAGAAAGAACUCACGUGCUUCAUCUGCCUGAGCUGCCUGACAGACCCAGUCACCAUAAGCUGUGGCCACAGCUUCUGUCGAGCCUGCCUCCACUUUUCCAGGGAAGACAUCCAACUUCCUGUCCAAUGCCUUAUGUGUAGGGAACCAUUACAGAAGGACUUGAGAACCAACAUUUUUCUGAAGAAACUGGUGUCCAUUGUCAGAAAAGCCAGCCUCAUGAAGGACCUGAGCUCUGAGGAGCAUAAGUGUGUGACCCACGAGGAUACUAAGAGGAUCUUCUGUGCUGAGAACAGGAUCUUCCUCUGUCCACUCUGUUCUAACUCCCAUGAGCACAGAGGACACAGACACUGUCCCAUUGAAGUAGCUGCUGAGAGUCAAAUGAAACUCAGGACAAAGAAAGCCAUGAUGGUCCAAAACAGCAAACAACUAAGAGAAAUGUAUAGGGAGCUGAUGGUAAUUUCCCAGGAGCCAUAUGUGGUCCUGGUGCAGAUUCUGCCCAAUUGUGUGCACAUUUCCUUGCCCAACAUAACUAUCAUCCAUCACAAGAUAAACCUCUUUAAUGCCAUGAGAAGAUUGAGCUUCAGACCUCACCAUACAGAUACAUCUACAGAUUCUGUUGGAUGCUAUUAUGCUUCCUGGAUAUCACAGAGCUUCAUCCUAUGGAAAUAUUACUGGGAGAUUGAUUUGAAGGACUCUUGGGACUGGGCUGUAGGGGUCUGUAAGGAUUCCUUGUUAAGGUAUAGAAAUCAACUGAUUGAAUCUGAAGGUGCAUUUCUUCUUGUGUGUAUGAAGGAGGGUAAUCAAUACAGUCUCCUCAUCACGUGCCCAGUAUUCCAGCAUUAUAUAGAACCACUGGGCCGAGUUGGUGUGUUCCUUGAUUGUGAGGAGGGAUGUUUAAUUUUUGUGAAUGUUGGCAAGAGUUCCCUCAUACACAAAUAUCCUCCUGGCACCGUCAAAAACCCUGUCUGCCCUUACUUCUCCAAGGGGGAAUUCUGUAAUCAAGUGAUUUUUAAGUACUCCCUACUGUAA